AUGAAAAGUCCAAUCACAGAAGUUAAAGAAAGUGCAGCACGAGAAGUGAUUAGAAUGAAAUAUGGAGAACGAGGAAUGAAAGAAGCUAUAUUUAAUGUUUUAACAUCAAAAGAUUACAAUAAAGAAGAUGAAGAAAUGUGUAAUGAAGGAAUUAAAGAAUGUGUUAAAGAAAGAAGUGGAAAAGAAAUAGAUAAAAUAGUUAAAGCAGCAUUCACAGUUAAUAAUAAGAAAAUAUUACGGAGAUUAAAUGAAAAUGAAACAGCACGUGAUGCGUUAAUGACAAUGGUUAUUAUCCAAAAAGGAGAUGUAUGGAAUGAGAUAGAAAGAUGGAUACGAAAAGGAUUAGAACGAGAAAGUAUUGAGAAAACAGUUAAAAAAUUCACAAAAAAAAUGUAUGAAAUGGAUAUAAAGAAAACAAUGAAUAUUGGAGUUAAAUAUUUUGCAAGUUGUGGAUUAUAUUGUUUAGUUCAACCAAACACACCAUAUGAAAUCAUUUAUGAGUAUGGAAGAAUAAUGAUGAAUGAAGUAAAUCCAAUCAUUCAAAGAAAUAUGAGAUGUAUUGUUAUGAAAGUGAUUGAGAGUUGUUAUGAAAUGAAGAAAGACACCACAGAAAUACGACAAAUCAUCGAUAGAAAAACAUGUGAUAUGGAUAAAGUUAUUGAACUGGCAUUGAAAUAUAAAGAUGAAAGAACAAUAUUGAUGAUUAGAAGAAAGAAAGGAGAAAUUAAAGAAUGUUUUAGAAAUCUUCAAAGCAGAAGUAUCACAUGUUUAAAUGAAAUAGACAAACAAAAUCAAAAUCAAAAUGAAGAAGAAAGAAAAGAAAAGGAAGAAGAAAUAACUAAAAUGUAUGAAGGAAUUAUGGAAGAUCUCAAAGAAGUAAGUGAAACAUUUCGAUUAAGAGAUAUAACUAGAAAUGAAGAAUGUGUUGAAGUGAUGAAGAGAUGUAAUGAAAUAAUGAAGAGAAGAAAUGAAUGUUAUGAAGAAUACAAGAAAGUGUAUCGAGAAAUAGUUGAAAUAGAAAUUUCAAAUAUACCAAUAAAAGAAGGAAUUGAAUUUUGUUGUAAAAUCACAGAAGGAGUUUUAUUAAGAAUGGUGUUAAGUGAUUUAAUCAAACAAAGCCAAUCGAAAUUAACAAUGUACAAAACACUUCAAAUGAUUUCAAAUGAACAACUAAACCAAACAAUACAACAACAUAACAAAGAAUUAAAAAAAGGAAAUAUUACAACAAAAGAAUGUGUUGUUUGUCAUAAAGAAAAGGAUGAAUUAAUCAAUGUAUUUGGAUGUGGUCAUAGUUAUCAUUCAACAUGUUUAAAAUCAUCAGGAAUAUGA